UGAAAUUUCGUCAACAUUCCUCAACAUUCCAUUAGGUCAUCGUUGGCGUCGUCUGGGGCGCCUUCACGUCUGGUUUACUAUUGAACGCCCAAUAUUUGGGGUGGUCCAAGGUCUGUCACGUGAUCGUGCAACCUAUAUUCGCUAAGGGUUGGGAUCCGGGAGUGGGAAGAGAAUCAGAAAGGGAAUCGCACAUCGUAUUUUAUCCGAAAAAAAACGAAAUCGGCAACGAGUUUGUGGUCAAAAAGGACGGACGAAAGUUACGAAUAGUGUACAAGACGGAUAAGGAACAGAGGGGAGCAGUGUACAGCCGAUCUUUUCACACACACAACUCAUUUCAUUAGCUGCAUCGUAGCUUUCAGAACUCAACGCAUAUAACAAUCUAAACAGUCAACUGAAAAUGGCUUCAAGGUUCGUCACGGUCUUGUCCAUCCUGCUGGUCAUCAACUCAGCAUUGGCAUUGGAAUGUUACGUCUGCGAUUCCAGCAAGAGUGUAACUUGCAAGUAUUCGUUGCUGUCGUUCAUGCAAGACUCGCAGAAAUGCAACAUCGGUAGCUCCGAUGGCUUCCUGGGAUCAAUCGCCUCCAUAAUCCCAACCAACUGCGUGAAGCUCGUUGGAAAAGACCAUAAUGGUAAUGAGUACGUAUCCAGAGGGUGCGCUCCGUCAACCGGACCAAUAAACAGCUGCAACGCUAUAGCUAAAGCCAUCAUGACCUUCUCUGAUACCCAAGAGUUGGCCGCUUUGGAUUGCUACACCUGCAACACCGAUAAAUGUAACUCAGCCACUAAGAUUGGUGGCAUGACCAUUUUCGGGCUGCUCGCCGCCUGCAUUCUCUUCCUGUUCUAAGAGUCAAAGCGUCAACAAAGAAGCAUGUUUCAUUCAUUCAGGUUUUACAAAUAUCUAUAUUAUUAUUUUUUGUUCGUUCGUAGAAUGUGUAUAAAACGAAAAGGUAUUUAUUCUUGUAAUGGAUUGUUGGGAGCGGGAUUCUUGAGAAUCUUCAGCUUCAGUAUUGGAAAUGUUUAUAUAAAAUGUUGAACCGUUCGUUUUUCGUGCGAUGAAAUUGAGCAGAGAGGAGGCGUGUAUUGUAUUUACUAUUAUUGAUAUUGUUGCCAAUUGACUUAUUCUUCCAAAUUUCAUUUUAACUUCCUUGGAACAUACAUCCACCUCACUGAACCAAUAUUAUAUUGAUACAAAUAUGUUGUGAACAAAAAAAAA